AACAGGCGGUUUGCUUGCGAACUGUUGGGUUCUAAAGUAAUGAUCGGUUGUAGACGACGAACUUCGAGAGACGCUUAUAAUUCCAAUUAUUUCAAUUACAUCGAUGUGUUUGCUGGCCUGUCUGAGCAGGACUGUGAAUAUGGUGAGCGAAUAAUGCGCCAUCUUCAAUUUUUUUUUAUGGAUCCUGUGAAAAAGUGGAGAAUUCGUCAUCAAUUUCCUUUCAAACUUUUUCUUCAAGUUCUCAAAAUCAUUUUCAUUACAAUACAGUUGGUAUUAUUUGCCGAACUUCGUAUGGCUCAUGUUGAUUUUAUGGAUAAUACAAAUAUAGUUUUAAGGCAUAAAUUUUUGAAAAGUUGGACUGAUGAGCGUGAUGCUUUGAUUUAUCCUCCAUCGAGUGGACGAUAUUCAGUUUACACUGGCAGUGAUAUUAUCGACCAUUUCGCAUUUAUGAUUAAUGCGGUGAAUUUAAAGAAAUAG